GUAGCUCUUCUCGCCGCAGCAGGCCAGCAGAGGAAGCCACCGGCCGGCGCGGAGGACCACCACGCCUCGCCGGAGCUAGCCAUGGAGCCGGCCACAGGCCCACGCCCGGCGGAGGACGAGGAGGAGCAAGAGGUGGCGUGCGAGUGCUGCGGCUUCACGGAGGAGUGCACGGCGCCGUACAUCGCCGGCGUGCGCGCGCGCUACGGCGGCCGCUGGAUCUGCGGCCUCUGCGGGGACGCCGUCGCCGAGGAGAUCGGCCGGGCCUCGCCCGCGGCGCCGCUCUCCCCCGCCGACGCGCUCGACCGCCACGCCCGCGUCUGCGGCCAGGGCCGCGCGUCCGCGCCGCCCUCGCCCACGCCCGGAGACGACGAGCUCAUCGCCGCGCUGCGCCUCCUCCUGCGCCGCAGGCUCGGCUCGCCGUCCCCGCCCAGGAUGGUGCGGUCCACGCCCAGCAGCCCCAGGCGCGACCGCAACGGCCCCGUCGGCUCCAACGCCGCUGCCGUGGUCGCCGGGCCCGGAGCCAUCGUCGGCGCCGGCGGCUCGCUCGCGCGCACCGAGAGCUGCUUCGCCGCGCUCGUGGAGUAGCAAGAGGACGAAGAGAUCAUCGGAAUGAAGAAAAAGGAAAAAAAAAUGGUAGCCGUCUUUUUCUAGUUUCGUUUUGCAGUUUUCCCCGUGCCAUUGUAAAUGCCAUGUGAUCUCGUUUCUCAUUUUCUAGUUUAGGGCGCAGCAGUAGUGGUAAGAGGAACAAUAAAAUCUGUACAGAGUAUGUGACAAAAUAAGAGACUAAAAAACGCAUGGAAGUAAUUCCAUGUUUCAUGGAG